AUGAACGACCUCGACUUCGCGGAGGCGCUUCGUCCCGUGAGCAUCUGCAAGGGCGCGGGCGAGGUGACGUUCGAUCACGGAAAGCUCAUUCACGACGUCGACGCCGUCCCUCCCGCGGUGUACGUCGUCACGAAAGGCCUCUUCCACGCGCACGACCGCGAGGGCAAGCUCGUGACGACGAUCAAGCCGGGCGAGUUCAUAGGCUCGGUGUCGUACUUCUUCGACGUCUUCACGCAUCACAAGGUGACCGCCGCGCCGCUCGCGGAGGGCGAAGACGCGGAGACGAAGGAGAAGCCGAUGUGCUACGCGAUUCCGUGGAUCGGAAUGGCCGCCGCGAAGACGACGAAAGAGCUCGCGGUGAUUUACCAGCAGAUCUCGUGGUGGGCGCACACGAUACGCAUGGACGUCGGGCGUCUGCAGCAAGCGCAAGCGAGACGCGCGGAGAAGGUGUUUGAGAUAAACGACGAGGUGCUUCGAGUGACGACGGAUUUAAAAUGCGCGCUGGACGAGCGGCAUCCCGGGACGCUCGCGGAGGAUCUCACCGUGGAGCAGUUCGCGAAGUCGCUGUACGAGGUGGCGUACAUCCCGAACGCGGGCGAGCACACGUUCGAGCCCGGGCAGGAGAUUAUCAAGUACAACUCGAAGCCGAUCGCGGUGUGGGUCGUCCUAGAGGGCACGUUCGAGGCGUUCAAUCACGACAAGAAACGCGUGAACAUCUUCCACCCGGGGGAUUUACUCGCGACCGUGUCCGUGUGCUACGACGCGUACACGCACAACAACGUGAUCGCGGCGGACGUCGGGCCGGAGGCGCCGCCGGCGAGGGCGUACGCGAUUCCGAUGACGGCGCUCCCGGAGAUCAUGCGGAUGUCGAAAAUAUUACGGCCGCUGUACGACUUGAUCUACAAGACCGCGGCGCAGCUGCGCCCGGACGCGGGGUUGCUUCCGGGGCGGCUCGGGAGGGACGAGUGGGUCGAGCACCGGCACCUGAUGAGCCCGUUCCGGCAGAACCUGGACGUCGGGUUGGGGAUGCGCCUGCCCGGGAACGGCGACAAGGUUUUGUACAACUCUCGCCCGUUGGAGUACGAAGGGAGCCGACCGGAGCGGGAUUUCGACACGAAGCAUCCAGACUGGGCGGGGAAGGGGUUCAGGAAAAUGAACAUCCACUACGUCGUCAAGUAGUGCGUGAGGGUUCUCGAGUGAGCGCGGUGAAGCCUUGUAACAGUCGUCAACGACGCAUCGUCUUACCUU